UCUAUUCCCCAGCUACCAUUAUUUUGUCCUUAAUUCUAAGUUACAGUUCCCCAUGUAUCACAAGUUGGUUUAUACACCUGAGCAUGUCUAGAUCUGUACAAUCAUUAUCAAUUAUGUGUUAUUAUUUUCACCCUCUAAAGAAUUACAGAAAAUAUUAAAACUAAUAUAUUUCAACAGUAAUAAAAUAUAAUAUUCUUUUUUCUCUAGAAGACAAAGUCUUUUCAGUCUGAUUUUUUUUAAAAUGACACCUCUGCUUUAAAGCAGACUCAUGGAACAUCAGGUUGUCUUAUUUUAAAUGCCUAAUUCUCAUGGAGUGAACAGAUGGCUGCGAGAUAAAUUGGUCUGCAAGAUGAUAUUAUUCUUUGCAUCUGUAGCAAUAUUAUCCUUGUGUGUAGAAGCUCAUACACGUCUUGCUAAAUGUUCUGUAGGAAACCAGCCUCUUAUUAAACAUAAACAAUAUCAUUCAGAAGAUUUGGUCAUUGCUGGCAUUUCUUUUCUAAUUUAUAUGAUGUCUGAAAAAGUAACAUUUACAAGAAAUCCAUCAAAUGAACUAGUUGAUGAUUUCAUCUAUGUCCUGGCAAGAUGGAUCUAUCUGGCUUCCAUGGAGCUUCUCUCUACAAAAGGAAAGUUCAUCCCAAACUACAAGUGUGACCUCAAGGACAAUAUAAUAUCUGUGAUUGCAGGACAUAAUGCUUACAUUGGUCGAUUUAUGUCAAAUGUUCUGAGCAUUUACAAGGUUCCACAGCUCAUAUAUGGUGCAGCUGCAGAGAUGGAUGACAACAUGCAUGCUGCCUUCUUCCAUCAAUUAUUUCCAAAUGAAGAUCUUCAAAUUAUGGGGAUCAUCCAAUUGUUGCUUCACUUCGAGUGGAAAUGGAUUGGGCUCAUUACUCAAAACCCUGAAAGAGGAAAGAGUUUUAUAGAGAAUAGGCUUGAUUUGUUUUCGCAGAAAGGCAUCUGUUUUGACUUCAUAAAAGAAAUGCCAAAAGAACCUGAUACCAAUGACAUUGAGGAUCAACUGGAUGGCUAUUUUAUAAUAUACAAGAUUAUUCUGAGAACUACUACCACUGUUGUGAUCAUAUAUUGUGAAAAUGAGGACAUGCCCUUCUUUAGAAUGCUGCCAUAUAUUUCAGAAUAUGUGAACAUGCCAAUGAAGAGAAAAGAUAAAGUUUGGAUAAUGCCAGCACAGAUGGAAUUCACAUCAAUCCCCUUUCAAAGAACCAGAGGCAUGGACUUCAUUCAUGGUGCACUAACUUUGGCAGUUUCCUCAAAGGAAAUAGUAGGGUUUAAGAAAUUUAUUCAGAUGAAAAAGCCUUCUUCUGAAGAAGACAGCUUGACAAGAGUGUUUUGGGAACAUGCAUUUGAAUGUACUUUCCCAAAUGCUGGGUUAGAUGAGGACCGUGGCAAUAAAUGUACUGGUGAGGAGUCACUGGAGACCCUUCCCAAAUGUCUGUUUGAAAGUAGUAUAACUGGUCAAAGUUAUAGCAUUUACAAUGCUGUCUAUGCAGUGGCCCAUGCUCUGCAAGCCAUGCUUUCAUCUAAAUGCAGAAAGAGAGGACAUCCUUGGGAACUCAGGAGUUUAAGUCAACAGUCAUGGCAGUUCCAUUGGUAUCUGAGGACUAUUUCAUUUAACAACAGUGCAGGAGAAAUGAUUUCCUUUGAUGAAAGAGGAGAGCUAGCAACUGGAUUUGAUGUUAUCAACUGGGUCACAUUCUCCAACCAAUCAUUUCAUCAAAUCAAAGUUGGAAAUAUAGCUCCAGUGGCUCUUCCCAAAAAUUUUCUUACUAUUUCUGCAGAAGAAAUAAUCUGGCCCACCAUGUUUAACCAGGCACAGCCCUUUUCUAUGUGCAAUCCUCAAUGCUUAUCAGGGUCUAGCAAAAUAAUAAUAGAAGGAAAGUCCUUUUGUUGCUAUGAUUGUCUUAAAUGUCCAGAAGGGAAAAUUUCAACCAAUACAGAUGCAGAUGACUGUUUCUCAUGUUCAGAAGAUGAAUAUCCAAACAAAGGUCACACUCUUUGUAUUCCAAAACGCAUCACAUUUUUGUCUUAUAAAGAAUCUCUGGGAAUUAGCCUGACAACUAUGGCUUUCUUCUCUUCUUUCAUCACAGCUUUGGUGCUGCAUAUCUUCAUUAAACACCAGGACACUCCAAUCGUCAAAGCCAACAAUAGGAACCUCACCUAUAUUCUUCUCAUUUCCCUCUUCCUCUCCUUCCUUUGCACUUUGCUUUUCAUUGGGCAACCUGACCAAGUAAAGUGCCUCAUGCAACAAACUUCUUUUGGCAUCAUUUUUUCUGUAGCCCUUUCUUGUAUUUUAGGCAAAACAAUCAUAGUGGUUCUUGCUUUUAUGGCCACCAAACCAGGCUCCAAAAUGAGGAAAUGGUUGGGGAAAAGGUUGGCCAAUAUUAUUGUUCUUUCUUGCUCCCUAGUCCAAGCCACCUUUAGUGGUGUGUGGCUGGCAAUUUCUCCCCCAUUCCCACAUUCAGACAUGCAUUCUAUUGCUGAAGAAAUUGUCCUAGAAUGUAAUGAAGGUUCAGCCAUCAUGUUUUAUACUGUCCUUGGUUUUAUGGGUUUCUUAACUGUUAUCAGUUUCACUGUAGCUUUCUUUGCUAGGAAGCUACCUGAUAGUUUCAAUGAAGCCAAAUUUAUCACCUUCAGCAUGUUGGUCUUUUGUAGUGUCUGGAUAUCAUUUUUUCCCACCUAUCUAAGCACCAAGGGGAAGUACAUGGUGGCUGUGGAGAUCUUCUCCAUUUUAGCUUCUGCAGCUGGUUUACUGUGCUGCAUCUUUGCCCCAAAAUGCUACAUUAUUGUUCUGAGGCCUGAUUUGAACAGAAAGGAACAGCUGGUAAAGAAACAAAACUGA